CUCUGUCACUUUCUGCAGCUAAAAGUGUCUCUGAGCUCAGAUUGAAAACUUUCCAGGAGAACCUCUCGCUGAGACGCUGGAGAAGCUUUAGAAUCCACUAACCUUCAAACGGAUUCACAUAGAAAACAGCUGGAUCAUGAAUUCUACAGAGACUUUGGAGUCCAGACUGAAGGCCUUGCAGUGCCAUUUCACCUGGAAUCUGGAAGCUAACCGUCAAAACCUGAUGUAUCUCAGGUAUAGACUGCAGGACAUCAGCACAGAGGAGGGAAACGUCUGGCUGGGUCACAUCUACAACCUGCAGGGGUUCAUCCAGUACAAGCUCGGCUCCUCUGAACAGGCCCUAAACAUCUUCAGCAAAGCCACUGAGACCUUCCAGCGUCUUAAAAACUCUGAUGAAGGUCCCUGGUUGAUAGUGAACUUUGGGAAUCUGGCUUGGCUGCACCAUCUUAUGGGUGAGGAUGAGAAAAGUCAAGAUUACCUGUCAAAGGUUGAAGCUCUAAUGAGAGAAUACCCAGCUCCACCUGAGGAAGAGCUCCACCCAGAGGUCUGUGCUGAGAAGGCCUGGACCCUGAUGACGUUUGACAAAGAGAAGAAGCUGCAGGCUGCAGAGCUCUUCCAGAGAGCAGUGAGGAUGCAGCCAGACAACGUGGAAUGGCAGAGCAGCGGGGCCAUAUUAUCAGCACAAAGGUUAAAAGAAGAUAUAAAUAAACUUCACACUGAAAAUUUGGAGCGACUGAGAUCUGCCACGGAACGAGAUCCAGACAACUUAUGUGUUGCUGCUCUUUAUCUGGAGGCACAAGCUGCUUCAGUUAAGAAUCAAGCAAGAGAACUAGCUGAAAGGAUUUUAGAAAGGCCAAUUAACAACUACAGUGGUUUCGAGCCAUUACUUUCUCUUUACAGAAAGCACAUAUCUGUAGAUGCAGCUGCUGAAAUAGUCACUGAGGCCUUAAGAAGAAAUCCUAAUUCACGUUAUGCUAAAAGGUCUGCUGCAAAAUGGCUGACAAAGAAUAUUUUUUCUGAUCGAGGCAAUCCUGAUACCAGAAUAAUAGACAAGGCAAUCCGUUUGUGGGAGGAAGUGAUAAAGGCUUACCCUGAAAGUUCCCUAGAAGAAAAAAUAUCUCUUGCAGAUGUUCAUACAAAGGUAGACAUAAAGAAAGCUGACCAGAUGUACAGCGAGUUGCUGGACAGAAAAGAUUUGGACCCAGCAGAAAAACAGAUGCUUUACUGUCGUUAUGCAAAACAUUUAUACUUCAUUAAGAAAGAUAGUGAAGAGUCUAUUAAAUACCACAUGAAGGCAGCAGAGAUUCAAGAGCAAUCCAAGUAUCAACAGAAGAGCAUCACAGAGUUGAAGAAGGUAUUGGAAAAAAACAAUGACUCUGAAAUAUGCAAGAAAAUCCAAGCAUUUUUAACCUCGCUGAACAUCGAAGAAUAAUAAUCAACAUCAAAUCUGCAACAAUUUUAAUGUCUUUCUCAUGCUGAAGUUCAGAU